UUCUGGCUGAGGUCCGACAGAUGCUCGAUUGGUAGGAGACUGACGGCAGAUUUGCUGCGGUUUUUAAUGAGUGAUUCAAAAAUACUUAUUUGAAACCAACUUCUUACAGUCCAGCGAAAUAAGAGGAAAAUGCACUGAUGACUGGAUCCCGUCCCAAUCCCUGUCGAAUAAUGAUCAGAGAAAUUUUCAUAGUGCGCCAUCCUGUCUCUGUGUGUGUACCUGUGAACCACAAAGUGACUCUGAGUGUACGAGCUGAGGGCACAGGCAUCCUCAACUACCAGUGGUUCACUGAUGAUGAAAAGGAGGUGUGCGAUGGUACUCAAGCAGACCUGACCGUCACAGCCAGAAAAACACAGCUCUAUGUCUGCCGAGUGAAUGACCACUUUUGUAACUGUGUGUUCAGCGACUGGGUGAAAGUGAAGAUGUUAGACAUAGAUAAAUCAGGUUUACCAGUACACUGGCAGGGUGAGCCACACAUUGCUGUCAACCCUAAACCCCAGACAGUUCGACAAGGUACAAAACUCACUCUCCGUUGCCUUGCCUUUGGCAUACCCACUCCAUACUAUCAGUGGUACAGGAAUGGACAGCCCCUGCUAGACAUGACUGGUGACACGCUGCAGAUUGACCGUGCAACAGCUGAACAUGGAGGAUCAUACCUGUGCUCAAUAUCUAACGUGCUAGAAGAGAGAUGGACAGAACCAGUUGAUGUUGACAUUGUGCAAACUGAUCAGCUUCCUCCAGCAGCACCCACAGCCACAGAUAAAGUUGCCCUACUUAUUGGAAACCUGAAUUACUCCAACCACCCCGGCUUGAUGGCCCCCAUUAUGGAUGUGCAUGAGCUAGCCAACCUCCUGCAGCAGCUCGGCUUCAGAGUGGUUUCCCUGCUGGAUCUCACCAGGGAGGAGAUGCUGGCCGCUAUUGAAAAGUUCAUUCAGCUUCUUGACAGAGGAGUUUAUGGUCUUUUCUACUAUGCGGGUCAUGGGUAUGAGUGCGCUGGGAGGAAUUACUUGGUAGCUAUUGAUGCUCCACAACCAUACCAACCUGAAAACUGCGUCUGUGUGCAGAGGGUCAUGCAUAGUAUGCAGCAAAGACGGACUGCACUGAGUGUAAUCCUACUGGAUACCUGUAGAAAAUGGUACAACCAGGAUUGCAUACCUUCUGCCAUCACGCCACUGAAACCUAGUGGGAAUACGGUUUAUGGUUAUGCCACAUGUGAAGAUGCUGAGGCUUUUGAGGUGCAGGACGGAGGGAAAAGUACAGGAAUCUUCACCAAGUACUUGAACAAGCACAUCCUUCAGUGCGAGAAGGUCACACAUGUCUUAGAGAAGGUGUCUGAGGAUCUAGGCAGAGACCCUUUAGUUACAGGCAGGCAGGCAGUGGAGAUCAAACACACCCUGAAGGAACCUCGAUCCCUUGCAGAUCCAGUUCGGACCACCGGCCACACAAAGGAACUACACUUGCGAGAUGCCUGCUGGAGGCAAGCAAAUGAGCUACCACGGAAGAAGCGGCUGACGUUUCAUUGCGGAGUGGAAGUGGAAGUCAGCUUCUCAGCUUUGUUCUCUAAUGUUUUGGUGGCUUUUGCCAGUGUAAAGACCAAAGGCCUAAAAACCCAGGACUGCACCGUCACAUUGAGCAGCAAACCUGCAAUGCAAGACAUAUUUUCUGGCCCUGGCAGGUCAGAGGAUUUGGACUCUCUACUAUUUAAGUCCUCUGAUAACCCAGACUGCACUCUGAGGCUUUGCGCUCUUCAGAGGCUUAAGGAAUCGCUGGUCAUCAAGGUAGAUCUACACUAUACUCACACAGACAGUAAGCUGCGCCAGACAGAAAGCCAACAUGUGGACAUAGGAAAACCUCUGGUGGCAUCCUGUAAAUUGUACAGGAGGAGGAAUCAUGCAGCAACAGACAAAAAACACGAAGGUGCUUCUGCUCAAAGUAUGGGCAACAUUUCAAGCAGCAAACCACUGCUGCAUCAGACUGUGGCUGGUCCAUGUCGCCCUUUCACCAGAAAGGCAGAGUGUGCUGCUAAAGUUGCAGUUACAAGGAGCAAUGAACCUGAAGAAAAUGAUGAGAAUGAACUGCGAGACUUUGCUCUUCGACAUUAGACCUUUCUGGUUCCAUUACUGUAAAUACUUACUACUCUGAGAUUUUGAUGUUUUUUACUCACGUGAUUAGGAAUGCAUUGCUGAUCAUGUAUCUCACCUGUCUGUGGUUGAUGAUGAUGAAUGAAUAAGUGUGUGACUGAGUUUUGUGUUUAGUUUGUCUUAGCAUUUUAUUCCCAGCAACACUGAAGAAACAUUAACACUUACUUUUGCUAACCACUGAAUUCAUCAUAAAUUGUAUAAUACUUAAAAUUUAUAUAAUAUAAAUUAAUAUAAUAAUUGUUUAUGACACUUUUUCAUCAGUGGCAAGCUGGCUAGCCUAAUUUAACAAAAAAAGACCAUUGCUGUCAAUAAUUUAUCAAAUAAAGACUACCAAUUUCA